AUGUUCGCUUCCACGCAAUCUCCUUUGGAUGGUGCCCCAGAAAUCUCCCAUGGUGCGCACUAUACGGCUCCUAGGUCCUGGAGCAACUUGAGGAGAUGGGGCACUCCAAAGAAUCAAUCGAAUGUCGUGCGCACACAGGAGCGGUCAAGCACCGGUUCAACCAGCGCGACACUGGCUGACAGUUACAACCACUAUCACGUCGGGACUGCGCCUUCACGACGACAUCAUCCAGCGAUUCUUUCCGUCCUCAAACAUAUCAUUGUACUUCUGGCUUUCUCUCUCCCGAUCAUCUUCUUCGCCCUCGUCAUCAAGAUUCCAAAAUGGUACGCCUUCGAGGCCGAUUACUGGCAGUCACAUGCCUUCACCCACUGCAACUUCAACGGGCUGUUCACGCCCUACGACAAGCCAUCCAUUAGUCUCUGGGAUCCUUCUGGAUUCUUCUACAUCACCGUCUCUUGGGGAAAGAUGGCCUUCUCAACGGCGAAAUUCAUCGAUAUCGUGUGGGAUAUAACCGUUGGGCGUGGGGGCCAAGCUUUCCUUGCCAUCGUCACCUUCAAGGUCUCGUCUCAGUACCUGGCCUUGGCUAUGCGCGAGGCCCCCGUCUCUUACAACACAUUCGAAUCCCUCGCCUUUGUGCCUCCAAGCUUGAUCAGGACAGGGCGCUUGGCCGCGGAUUUGUUGACGAACCGGGGCUGGCGCGCGAGGUUGAUCAUUGUUUGGAUCGUGUUGAGCUCUCUGUUUGUCCUCAGCUUCUCCAGUCUAAUCACAGCUAUGUCGGGGUACAGCAGCGACAUCACCGCGGUCAUGCCAGAUUAUGAAAACGAGUCCAUUCAGUGGUCAAAUUAUCAAGUGGUUCAGUUUGCCAUUAACGAUGCAGAACGUAUUGGACAGCCUGGGCCGAUAUAUAUUACGGUGGGAGAUGCCUGUGUUCAGCAGGGUUUUCUUGAUGACGAUGACGAUGACGAUGAUGACAACCAAGAUGAUGGUGGCGGCUACAGUCAUAGCGAAAGUUCAUUCCCUGACACGCGUCCCAGUCGACGGGACAAUGACGACGGAACAGGCAGCGGGAACUCGAGUCACGGCAAAGUCGAUUGGAAGUACGUCCCAGCCAACUGUACCACGUUCUGGCAUACUGUCCAAUAUGUGAGCCUAUAUGGCCUCAACGGAAACAACCAUUCCGAAAGCAACAUUACCAUAAAUGGGCAGAAGCACACAGUUUCCGCUCCAACGCUCAACAUCACCACCUCCUACUCACCUGUCGCCCUGUCCACCUUGACAACAUACCUGAACACUUUCUCUGAAUCUUCGCCACCUGCUCCUGGGGCGUUAUCUUCUGUCUCGCAACUUACCGACUUCACCUUCUGGCUGUACGACAAUCAAACCUAUCCUUUCUCCUAUGUCCUGGACAACGCGACAUGUCGGUACUCGAGAUGGCACAAUUGGGGAUUCUCAUUUCUCUUCCUAUUCAUUACUUCGUUGCUGCUCGCGCUAUGGGCAAUUGGCACCUAUGCCCUGUGGCUGUACACCUAUCUGAACAGCCCUCAAGACCGCAUCCCCGGAGAGCACACGACAGGCGGCAUCUUCAGAUCCAGCUGGACGCUCGUCGAGGCUAUGAAGAGAGACGUGGGGCCAGGGGCCGUGACACCGGACAUGGCGGAGGGCGAGAUCCGUGGAUUGGUGAGACGGCCGCCUGGACGUGUAAUCCAAGGCGUGGGAAACAUCAACAGGGGACACCGACUGAUUCUGGGGGAAUCCGAGAAGGACGCUGCAGUUUCUCCCUCUCCCAUAACUCCUAUCCAGGAAGCCCCCAUGACGCGCUGGUCUGCUUUCCGCACCUGGUUUUCCUCCUCCACUCGUCUCAAACAUCGUUCUACGGUCGGAACAUAUACACCGGCAAACAGUGUAUUUGCACACGCAGACUCAACUUCCUCCUCGACUUCUCGUCACCCGAUUCUGCACUCACCCGCUGCGCCAGGGAGGACCAUGACGAUGAGCUCGCGGAUGUCGGGUCUCGCGACUCCUCAGGCGGACUCACCUGUGUCCUUCGGCUUCUCCGCCGCCGCCGAGGCAGAUGUCCUGGAGGGCUCCGGCAUUGUAACUGGCGUUGAUCCUGUGUCUGGCGCCUCAAUCGCAACAGGUUCAAAUGGCAAAUCCCGCCCGAGACUGAGUUUAAGCAGGGUGAUCCCGUCGGCGUCACGCACAGCGUCCGUACUUUCACCAUCGUCAACGGUCGCAGGCAAGUGGAUCUACUCUCCUGAUCCGAUGUCAGCGUCUGAACAAGCUUCGACGAUGACAAUUUCUCCAAUUCGCGAGGAUCGGAAGGACAAGCCGGCUGAAGAUGAUGCGAUCAGGUGGAAGAAUGAUCUGGGUGACGGCUGA